GGAGUAUGUUUUGUUUUUUGGGCAUAAAUCUGAGGAGCACGCUUGGUUUAGAGGGGAAUCAAUCCUUUAGUUAUCAAAAAAGCUCUCACCGAGUGUUGUACUCCUUUCAUGGAAUCUAGGCUUUUUCACCCCCUUGUUUUCUAAUGUUCCAUUGCAAUAAACAAGAGGAUGAGGUGACCUGCCUCACCUUUCAAACAAAAGAAAAUAACAUAAACAGAAGCAUUUAAGUUAGUCUCAGUCCUUAUUAGAAGUUUGACUUCUCAUUUUAGAAUUUUCUUGGUUUUAAGUUUCUCCUUCACCUGAAUAUCAUAUAACUUUGCUUUUUUUUUUUUUUCAAAAAUCAACCUAAUCCAGUUGACCCAAAUUCCAUUUUUUUUUUCUAAGAGGCAGCUGUGACCCAAAGCCUCCUCCUAGCUGGAUUUCCCAUUCAUCAGAUGUUCCGGGAUUUGCUCAAUUUUCAUCAGAUUUUCACUCUUUGGCUACCAGAAGAAAACUUUCAGUUUGAUGCAGGUUACUCAGUGUAAGUAGCUAGGAAAUUCAGACUUUGUGGACAUUGAACCACUUUUAUCAAAACAAAGUCUUUGGACAACUUACAAACUGGUUUCGAGCACUUUCCAUGUAACUCAUCAAAGUAUACAUAUUUGUAUGGUUCUCACAAAUCAAGCAAUUAGCCUUCUUUCCGAAGAGGGGUCUGUUGCCAUCUGCUUCUCACUUCUUGAACCACUUUAUAGAGUCAGUGGUACCAAUGGCUAAUGUCAACAUAGACCCAAAAGCCUUCCCUUCAUCAUCCUCAUCCUCAUCCUCUUCCAGUGAACAAUGGAGGUACGAAGUCUUCUUGAGCUUCAGAGGUGAAGACACACGCAAGGGCUUCACAGACCACCUCCACACGGCAUUAAGGAAUGCUGGAAUUAAUGUUUUUAUUGAUGAGCAGCUAACAAGAGGGGAAGUUAUAGAUGCCGAACUGGUGCAGGCAAUCCAACUCUCCAUGAUCUCUGUGAUUGUUUUUUCAAGUAAUUAUGCCGAAUCUACUUGGUGUCUGGAUGAGCUCGUGAAGAUCAUGGAGUGCAAAAGCACAUUGGAGCAAAUGGUAUUGCCAAUAUUCUAUGAUGUUGAUCCUUCGGUUGUCAGGAAACAGACUGGUGUUUUUGCACUAGCCUUUCAGAAACAUGAAGAGCGCUUCGUCUCAGAUACAGAUAAGGUAAAAAGGUGGAGAAGUACUCUUACUAGAGCUGCAAACUUGUCUGGCUUGGAACUUCAGAACACCGCGAAUGGGCACGAAGCAAAGUUCAUCAAGGAAAUUCUUCAGGAGAUCAUUAGAAAACUGAACAAUGGGACGUGCUUGAAUGUAGCUAGGUACCAAGUUGGAAUUGAAUCUCGUGUGAAAGAAAUCAGUGAUUGUCUAUGUGUUGGAUUACCUGAUCAUCGCAUAGUUGCGAUUUGUGGCAUAGGUGGAAUGGGUAAAACAACGGUUGCGAGAGCCAUUUAUAACAGCAUUUAUCAUAGGUUCGAUGGAAGAAGUUUCCUUGAAAAUGUGAGGGAAACACCACUGCUUGAUUUGCAAAACCAACUUCUUUCUCAAAUCUUGAAAUUGACCAAUAUAAAGGUAAUUGAUAGUGUUGCUGAAGGGAUCAGUGUGGUAGAAAACAGACUUAGAAGUAUAAAGGUACUUGUUGUAGUUGAUGAUGUAGAUAGUGAGAGCCAACUAGAUGCUUUAGCUAUAAAACCUUGCCCAUUUGCUCCUGGGAGUAGAAUUAUUAUAACAACACGAGAUGAACAUGUUCUAAGGAGACUUCAAGUAGAUAAUAUAUAUGAGGCUCGAAAGAUGAAUGAAGAAGAAGCACUGGAGCUCUUUCGUCUGCAUGCCUUUGGAAAUCAUUGUCCUAAUGAAGAAUUCUCUGAACUAGCCAGAAAAGUUGUUGAUUACUGUGGGGGUUUGCCGCUGGCUCUUGAAGUUUUAGGUUCUUUUCUCUCCACGAAAUAUACAGCAGGAGAAUGGGGUAGUACAUUGGAUCUGUUGAAAAGAACUCCUAAUGACAAUAUUCAAAAAAAGCUUGAAAUAAGCUACUAUGGGCUAGGUGAUGGUGGAACUGGCGAGUACUUAAAGAAUAUAUUCCUUGAUAUAUCUUGCUUCUUUAUUGGAAUGCACAGAGGAGAGGUCAUACGAAUAUUGGAUGGUUGCGGCAUUUCUUCAGAAACAGGAAUUCGUGUCCUGGAGGAAAGGCACCUUGUAUCUUUUGAUGAAGUAGACAACCUGAUUAUGCAUGAUUUGGUUCGGGACAUGGGCAGAGAAAUUGUGCGGGCAACAUCCCCCAAUAACCCGGCAAAACGUAGUAGAUUGUGGGAUCACGAAGAUGUAAAACGCGUGUUGGGAUUCAAAUCUGGAACUAAGAAAAUUGAAGGACUAGUUCUAGAUCUGCCAAGUUCUGAAGACAAUAGUUAUAGCACAGAAGCAUUUAGAAAUAUGCAGAGUCUGCGGUUGCUCCAACUCAACUAUGUAAAGCUCACUGGAAGCUACGAAUUUCUUCCCCAAGAGUUAAAUUGGCUCUGCUGGCAUGGAUUUCCUGAAAUGAGCAUACCAAACAACUUUAAUCAACGAAGCCUAGUGGCUAUCGACAUGCAAUAUAGCAAGCUCAAGCAAGUGUGGGAGAACCCUGAGGUACUUGAGAAAUUGAAACUUCUAGAUCUCAGGCAUUCCCGUUACCUAACAAAAUCACCAGACUUUUCAAAACUCCCAAAUCUUGAGGACCUGAAACUCGACAACUGUGAGAAUUUGCAUGAGGUUGACCACUCCAUAGGAGGAUUGAAGAACCUUAGAAAUUUAUCUCUAGAUGGCCUGAAAGGUUCACCAUCCGAAUCAAGUAAUCUAUUGAUUCCUUCAUUAGAAGACUUAUCCUCUCUAAUGUCAUUAUCUCUUAGGAACUGCAAUCUAACUGAUGAUGCAGUUCCUCAGGGUCUGGGAAGUCUAUCCUGUUUAAUAGCUUUGGAUCUUCAAGGAAACAAUUUUCAUAGGCUACCUAUCCUCAGCCACCUUACCAAUCUUAGAUAUCUAACAUUGGACAAUUGCAAGAACCUUGAAGAAAUCCCAGAUUUACCAAGAAGUUUGAUGCGUCUUGUAGCAAACCACUGCACUGCAUUAGAAAGAAUGCCAAAUUUUUCACAUAUGUCGAAUAUGAGAGAAUUGCAUCUCAGACAUUCCAUCAAGCUCCCUGAGGUUCCAGGCUUGGAUAAAUCAUUGAGCUGCAUGGAAAUGAUUCAUAUGGAAGGGUGCACCAGCCUCACAGAUAUUUUUAAGGAGAGUAUUUUGAAGGGAUGGACUACGAGCGGUAAUGGUGGUCUUUUUCUCUCUGGAAAUGACAUUCCUAACUGGCUUACAGAUGUUGACGAUGAUGAGGUCAAAUUUCAAGUGCCAAUAGUUUUAGGCGGUAGUGUAAAAGCACUAACUGUGUGCAUUGUCUAUUCUUCAUCAAAUGACUCCAAAUUUGGUGAAAAUCUUUAUCUUCGUGUUAUAAAUAAUACCCAGCGCACUCAGUUUGGCAUAUGGCUGAAUGGCAAUGUAACUUUAGCUGCCAACGAAGAUUAUCUUUGGCUAGCGCAUGUGUCAAAUGAUAUCCUCAAUUUGGAAGGGGGUGACGCAGUCGUAGCAUGUGCAACCUUGGGACCUGAGCCUUUGGAGGUGAAGAAAAUAGGGGUCAAUGUAGAAUGGGAAAAAAUUAUGCUUGAUUAUCCAAUAGACUGGGAGUCUCAACCAUAUCUCAGUGAAGACUAUGUGAAGGAAGAUGAUGAGGAAAACUACGAUGAAGAUGACAAUAGUGACACUGAGAAUGACCAUGAUGAGGAUAACUAUGUUGACGAUGACUACUCUGAUGAUGAGGCAGGACCUAGCCGAAGCUACCGAAGUCUCAAAAGAAUGAGGUCUGAUUUUAAGGAAUGGUUCCAAGAGAAAUGCGCACGGCUUGUUAAAGAUGGAUCAUGUGCCUAUAACGCCUCUCCGGAGAUAAAUUGCUGCAAUGAGACUAUAGAGUUGCGACAACAACCUGUUGUUUUGGAGCCAGUGGAUGCCGAGUCCCCUAAUAGAGUUUCUGGUUUCCCAAUUGGGUUCACACCUUCUCCAUCACAUGCUCAUUUUGUCCUGACUCAGAUUGCGUCCUCAUCUCAGGGAGGACCAGAAAAUGUCUGCACAAGGCCACAAUGUAUGGGGCUGCAGGCACUCUACCAGCAGCAACAAAUGCUAAUCCAACAACUGCAAUCUGAGAAUAAGGAGUUGCAAAGACAGGUGAUACUAUCACAACAGCCAAAUCAGAAUGUUGUUGAAAGAAAUUUUUUGCAACAGUGUAUUCCACCAGAAUCUCCGAUGACAACCCAAGGACCUGAUGAGUUUUAGCAAACUCGUCAACAUUCCAGGCUUGGAAGAGUUAAAGCACUUGAAACUGAUUGAAAUGGAAGGGUGCAACAAUAUCACGGCUAGUCUUCAAAAGUUUCUCCUGCAGGGACAGACUUUUGGUGAAUCUGGUGGUGUUUUCUCCCUGGAAAUGAUAUUCCUGAGUGGUUCAUCUAUAUGGAUGUUGGUUCCUCUGUCGCUUUUGAAGUGCUGGACAUGGUUGGCAGAGACAUAUAUUAAACAAUGUGUUCAAUUUAGAGGGUGGUGAUGAAGUUAAGGUCAGUGUUGAUUUUGGACCAAUAUUCAGUGUGAAGAUAAUAGGGGUCAAUCUGGCAUGGGACAGACUUAUCAAAGGGAAUGCAAUUUGGACUCUUGCUGUUUCAUCAAAAAAAUGGUUUACAGAUGAAAUAUGAGUUGAAGGAGAGACCACAUUGAUAUUGGCCACUGGCCUUUCGUUUUCUUUCUGCUGCAGUUCUCUCAAGGAUGGUUUGCCCCGACUUGAGAAUUAAGCAUGUAACCAUUAAGUUACAUUGGUAACUUAAUGGUUACAUUAAGUUAUAUUGUACAAAACCACGUGGUGUGGUGUGUUGGUCGAGCUGCCUAGUCUGGAACUCUCAGGUCUAGAGUUCGAAUCCAUCCCGUGGCCAGCAGAUUUGAGGGACAUGGGUUAGUUAAAACACUCAAUGGUUCGUGCGUCUGCGGUGCAGUGAUUAGUCUGGCUAUGCUGGAAUACACUGCAUGGGUGUGUGUGAUGGUUCUACUGACGUCUUCCACUCAAAAAAAAAAAAGUUAUAUUGUACAGUCUAGUGUCUACACUACAAUUAAGAAAGGACGUACUAUUCUACACCUGUGCUUGAAACUGAAGAACUCUGCCUUGAAAAAGACUAGCAUUUUGUGCCAGAUUACCAAUAUCUUAAUAAAAUACUGUUUCUACUACAAAGAAGAAUGGUACAGUUAUUUAUUGAACCAGAAAAUAUAGGUAAACAAACUACCUUAUAGUCCUAGUGUUGCUGCUAAUCUGAUGUUUAACAGAUAAGAAA